UCUUCUAUAGGUUUUCUGAAGUGAUUAAAACCACUUCAGCUGACAGAGACUUGCAAAAACUCUUAAUUGACAUCAUGAUAAAAAAUCUCCAUGCUCACAAGUGUGUUACAAUAAUAAAUGAUGACCUGCAUAGUUGGAUUUUCGAUCAGCAAUGGUUUCAAAAUUUCAAAGCCUUCAUAUCAUUUAUCACGAUAUUUGUAGAAGAAUAUGAUGACCUGCUAUCUCCUCAAGAUGAAAUACAAGAAGCUCUUGCAAUGGCCAAUGAAGUAGGUUGUCAAAUGUACAUAAUAUUACUAGCAAAUGGUCUACAGUGCACAAGAUUUCUACGUUUUGGUGAAAGAUACAGAAUGCUGGAUACUAGAGUGAAAUUCAUUCUACUCUAUGAUAGCAGACUUUUCGAUAAAGAUUUAUAUUAUUUAUGGAAGAGAAUCGUGAAUGUUGUCUUCAUAAGAGAAUAUGAAGGUUUAUACAAAGAUGUUGGUAAAAAGAAUAAUCCAUGGUUUGAAUUGAUAACUGUUCCUUUUCCUUCUCCGAUUAAUGCAGUCCUAGUACCUAAACGAUUGGACAUAUACUCCAGAGGAAAAUUUAGAAAAGGUACAGAUCUCUUUCGUGAGAAAACAAUAGAUCUGAAAAAUCAGACACUCAAGAUUGUUACAUUCAGUCAUACACCUGGAACAAGAAAAAAUCUGGUGAAUUUUGAUUCUUCUAACUUGACAAACGAUGAUUAUGAUUUCUUUGGCGCUGAAGUUGAAAUACUGAAGACAGUUUCUAAGGCUAUGAAUUUCCGUUAUGAAAUAUAUGAACCAGAAAAUGCAGAUAUUGAGUUAUGGGGACGAAAAGGUAUAGAAACAAAAUAUAGUGGUAUUAUUGGUGAAAUGGUUUAUACACACGCAGAUAUAGCUCUCGGAGAUCUCUACUACAUUCCCCCCAUAUUAAAUUUAAUGGAUCUAAGUAUUCCAUAUAAUACUGAGUGUUUGACAUUUGUUACACCUGAGGCGUUAACUGACAACUCUUGGAAAACUUUAAUUCUUCCAUUUAGUUCUUUUAUGUGGUUGGGAGUUCUACUCUGCUUAGCUCUGAGUGCUGUUUCAUUUUAUUGGAUAUCUCGAUUUCAUUGCAAUGUUAAAUAUUUGAAAGAAAAACAUUACAAAGAACAAACUGAAUCAAUUCAUGUAAAGAAGAAAAGAGUUAUUACUUUGACAAUGUUUCCUGAAGUUAAACAUAUGGACGAUGACACUAAAUAUAUUAAAAUGAAGGAACAAUACAGUAAACCAGUUGAAGAAGGGCAACAUAUUGGUUUAUAUUUAUUCUCUGAACCAUUCAAUUGUCUGCUUUAUACAUACAGCAUGUUAUUAUUGGUUUCACUUCCAAAGUUACCUUCUGGAUGGUCUCUGAGAAUAUUAACUGGAUGGUACUGGUUGUAUUCUCUUUUGGUUGUAGUUGCUUACAGAUCAAGCUUAACUGCUAUAUUAGCUAGACCAGUUCCAAGAGUAACUAUUGACACUCUUCAAGAACUCAUCGAAAGCAAAUUAGCGACUGGUGGCUGGGGAGAAAUAAACAGAGAAUUCUUCCAAACUGCUCUUGAUCCAACUAUACACGAAAUUGGAAAAACUUUUGAAAUAGUGAACAGUUCAGAAGAAGCAAUCGAUAGAGUAGCUGAUGGAAAGUUUGCCUUCUAUGAAAAUACCUAUUUUUUGAAAGAAGCUAUCGUCAAGAGGCAAGUUCGGUUUCAAGCCAAUCGACUUCAAUCCAAUUCAACGAAAAACACUAAAACAAAAAAUAAUAUAGUGAGAGAGGACAGGAGUCUACAUAUAAUGGAUGAUUGUGUUAUAAACAUGCCUGUGUCAAUAGGUCUUCAAAAAAAUUCUCCAAUAAAACCACGAUUCGAUAAACAUAUCAGAACGGUGUUAGAAGCAGGGUUGAUAAAAAAAUGGUUGGAUGAUGCUAUGCAGCAAAUAUUGAAUGUGGAAGUUCAAACAGUAGAAGAAACAAUGGCAAUAAUGAGCAUGAGAAAGUUUUCUGGAGCUCUGGUGGUUCUUAUCAUAGGAUACGUUUUAAGUUUGCUGAUCUUCACGUCAGAACUUUUAUAUUUCAAUUUUGUAUUCAAGAGAAACCCCAACUAUAAUAAAUAUUCAAGAAGUAUCGUGAAGAAGUCAGAGUAAACAAUAGUUUCUGAUGAUGAUUUUUUAAUGGGAUAUGACUUUGUUGAAAAGUCAAGACAGUAGGUAAUAUUAUUGUUUUUAGAAGGUAGUAAUUUACAAUAAGGCCUUCGAUUGUUUGUUUGUCGUUUAUCUUGUGUGUACUUCAAAUUGAAAUGGCAAAUGAAUAUUUUAUGAAUUUAUUUUAUUAUUAAUUAUGUUUUACAAAAAUAAUUUUUUUAUUUUUAGUUAUUUCGAAUUUUCUUUUGGUUUAUUAUUAAUUUUGUCAUUUUUAGAAUUGGAAUUAUAUUCCAAGUCAAAAAUAAACCAAAUAUAUCACUGAGAU